AUGCAGGUGGCGUUAUAUAUCAACAUCCGGCGUAGUUUCGAGAAACGCAUGUUUGCGGCGAGUAGAUAACCGGUUAGUUCAUAACGAGCUUAUCAAACCCUCUGAACGGUUCCUAAAUCGAAACCGACCACAACACAAACGUACAAUCUGCUGAUAAUGGCGAAAUGGGGAGAAGGGGAUCCUCGUUGGAUCGUUGAAGAAAGGCCCGACGCGACGAAUGUCAACAACUGGCACUGGGUUGAGAAGAAUGCAACAAGCUGGUCGCAAGAUAAACUGAAGGAGCUGUUCAAUGGCCUUGAAGUUGAAAAUGAAAAGGGAAGCUGUGUAGUGAAGGAGCUCACCAAGGUGGAGGGUGAGGCAACAGCCAACAACAGAAAGGGUAAACUCAUCUUCUUUUAUGAGUUUGAAGUCACUGGAAAAUGGUCAGGUAGUUUGAAAGACUCCAAGAAGAACUACAAAGGCACCUUUACCAUACCAAACUUGAGUGAGGAAAAUGAUGCUCAUGAAAUUGAUGUAAAUGUGCAUGUUUCACAAGAAAGUGAUGAUGCCACAGAAGUGAAAGAAAUCAUGAGGAAAGUUGGCACCACAGUUAUUCAGGAAAAGAUAUCGGAAUAUAUAAACAAACUGCGAGAAGAAUAUGGUCAAGGCAUAAUUUUACCAACAAAGGACUGUGCCAAAGCCUCAGCUCCAAAGGUAGCAAGCAAAGAGAACAAAGCCAAGGAAGAAAUGAAUAAAGUGGUGAAGGCCUGCAGCCAGCAGAUGGAGGCACUUGGGGUGCAGAUCCAUACCAAGAAAGAAAGAGUUCAACUGACGGCAAGGGAAGAGUUCAAAUGCCGGGCUGCUGACCUUUACCGACAAGCCGCUCUCACUGACAAGGGGAUGGUGGAAGCAUUUACUGGUGGACCUGCUACACUAGAAGCUGCCAAAGGAGAGAGGUUCUCACUGAUGGGCGGCCAUGUCACAGGGCAAUUUGUGGAUCUGGUGCCCGAGAAGAAGAUUGUCCAGAAGUGGAGGAUCAAAUCCUGGCCAGCUGACCAUUACUCUGAUGUGACUAUAGAACUAGACGAGCAGGAUGCAUCAACUGUGCUUAGGUUAACCCAAGAGGGGGUCCCUGACUCCGAGUACGACAGUACGUUACAGGGCUGGACAACCCAUUACUGGCAACGCAUGAAUCAGGUGUUUGGAUUCUCGGCUCAGUUAUUUUGAUGCAGGAGAACAUAGAAAACUUUUUUAAUAAUGACUUUCUAGGAGAUGCUCUCUAUAUGGGAUAUUUAUUGUACACAUCAUAGUGUGAUUGUGUGCCGUCAGCAUUCCCUCUAGGGGUCAAGGUCAACAUUGCCAACCAGGACCUCGUGAAGGAAAUUCACACAUAAGCUUGUGAUUGAUACAAAGAAAAAGAAUGGUUGAAGUAUUGUAUGGAUGAAGAUUUUCCUGUUGGAUGUUCUGUACGAGAUUCCAUUCAUCUCAAGAUGUGUUCAGGAACAGCUGCAUUUACUGAGUCAACUAUUCAGGAUAUUUCUUGUUUUUCAACCUUGUGUCAAUCAAAAACAGCUGAGAAUCUACAUGCUAAACGUGUGCAUUGUCUGUAUUUAAAUGCCUCCAGAAUUUCUGCUUGUGAGAGAAUGACAUUUUUUAUACUAGUAUUGUGAUAUGAACUGUUCAGAUAAGUGUAUAUUGAGUAUUCAUUCGAACAGUUGGUAGAAAACCAAAUGUCCAGAAACUUAAUGUUGAAUGUCAAUAGGGCAUUAGGAAAAACACAUUCAUAAAUUGGAACUGAAUGUAUAUUUUGUGUACCCUUUUGUUGAUUGUUGUCACAUUUUUAAACAGUGUUGGAAAUAGAAAGGGAAUUUUUGUUCCUUGUAAAUCAGUGUUUUAGGAUGAUGGACCUGAAAUUUAGCUGUUGCAUCAUGAAAUGAGAAGUCUGAACCAGAUAUAGGCAAAUAUCUGCUCUAGAUUCUGUGAUUUUACCAUGACUUUAAAACAGCAACUGUGUGUCAAGGCAACCCACACUAAUUGAUUUCAAGGGUAUGUUAGGUAGCAUGAAUUUUCAGGACCCUAUUCCACAAUGUUAAGUUAGCACUAUAAUUGUCGUUACAUACCUCAGGAGGCAAUAUCUUCUUUUCCUGCAUCCAUUCUACUUGAGCAUACAGGAUGCACAUGACUUCCUGUCAGUGGUUUGUCAGCUGAUUCAGGUGCGUCAUACCAGGUAGUCUGGUCAGUUCAGAUGACAAAACAAUGUUCUCUAUGGUUCUCAUAUUGUGUGUGCCUGCUGUUUACAUGUUGGGACACCCAGUGUUGUGUUGUCCCCAGUGAGUAUGAAUGAAUGAGUUGUUAGAUUCAAAGAAGGGUAUAAGUGCCCUUUUUGGCUCUCAGGAAAUUUGAAAUUUGCAAACAACUUUUAACUAAUGGUUUGAAAAUUAUCAGAUCUGUUUAAAUGUUCGAAAUCAUUUUCCUUUUGCUCCCUUUCAAAAUCUGGACAUUUGGCAUGGUCAGAUACAUAUAUGGCCAGAAUUAGUGACAAGGCUGAUUUCUUAAACUUCAAUUAAACGUGUGUGACAUCCGAUAAUAUUUUUUUACCGACUUGCUGAUGUUCAAAUAUUAGUAACAUUCUUCAUAAAAACUUCUGAAAUCACAAUUAUAUAUUUGUUGAAAAGAACAAAAACCAGUUCUCAUUCAUAUCUGCAUUUGAAUUUCUAACUUUUUCUCAAUAUUUAAAUUAUAGAGAUCUUGUGAGCCAAGAAGGGCCCUUAUUGCUACUUGUGUAGGGGUGAAUGUGAAGCUGUAAUAUGUAACAGUCUUCAAAAAUAUGUGAAUAGCAGCAAAUAUCAAAGAAGAGUAUAGGGUUAUGAUAAAUCCAGUCAGCAAGGCUACAUACUGUAAGAUUUGUCUUGUGUCUGUCAUAAGAGGAUAAGGUUGCUAUGGCUGGUUAGGUAUUGCUGUGUGCAUGUAUUUAUUGUUUUGGCCUCUACUAGUUCCUUGCAUCUUCUUCAACUGGCUAAGUAUAUUGUAAUGGAGGUGUCCACAAAAGGAUGAAUCUAUCCUGUAUUUCUUCAACAUUCAUGAGACUUGACUCAAAAUAAUUCAUCACUUUGUGCAUGAAUAAAUUGAAAGUAUCAA